UUGAUAGUCGAUAUCGCCAUAGACGACAACGGCAAGCAGCUCUACCAGGUCCACGAAUCAUCCAAAUCCGUCAGGAGGGAGAUGCCCCAUUCGGCCAACUUCUCCAACUCCUUCCACACCGACGAAUCUUCUAUCUUUGUGAAGCACGAAGAAAGAACCCCCGUACGCAGAGUCCUUGGUACGCUUUCACCCACCACCUUGAACCUGAAGAAGCUCGAAGAGCACCUGACAGAGUUCGAGGACGAUUCAGUUUCUAGCGACAGAAAACUCACCUCUGCUGCGAGUGAAUAUAUCGCCACAUCUGAGGCUGUAUCAUCUGACCUCUUUUCCAACUUCGAGCCCGAUCACAUCACAGACAAUGAUAUCUGGUCUGAGGAUGUUGAACAGGCCUUCGAAGAGGUGCUAAACAUCAUCCCCAAGAAUGGCUUGAAUAAAAUCAAAAUUUCGGGUCGCUCAUGCGGCAGGAACGAAUUAAUCUCAGAUUACAUAUUCACCAAAACUGGAAAAUUCAGAACCAGGAAACAAGUCUCCAGUCAUAUCCAAGUGAUCAAGAACUUGGGGCAGAAAUUGCACAUUAUUAAGUUGAUCAAUGAAGGUCCUGUUUUUGAGACGGACGAAGAACAACAAGAGUGCAACAAGAAAUUCGAAGAAAUAUUUUCCAAGAUCAACUUGAACAAAUCAUUGGGCUUCAACGAAAGUGUUUCCAUGUCUGGUAUUAAGCGCAAGAACCCAUCCAUGAUGUCUACUCUGGGGAUUAACAAAAGGCCAAGAAGGAAGUCUGGAAGACAAACAAUUCAGAAUACUUCACAUCAUAUAUCAUUCCAAGGCUUCUUUAUGUCAAUUGAUGAUACGUUUUCUGCUAGUCCAACCCCAUACAUAUUGACAGUGCAAGACCUGAAUCAGGAGGUCAAGAAACUUGUCAUUAAAGAAAACGCAAACAUUACUAAUAGAUUUCCUGGUUUGGACAAUUUCCAAAAUUGUAAUACUAUUCCAAUCAUACACAAUAUGGUUAAAAUUCAUUUCUCGAACCUCGCGGGUAAUUAUUCUAUAGAUGGUGGAUUCAGAUCCAAUUUUUUACUUCGUUGGGACGACUUGGAAGAAUCUUCCAAGCUCUACUCGACUUUUACUUGCAUAUAUUCUUUUGGAAAGGAAGUGCUUAAAUUUACUGAAGAAGGGUUUAAAUUCAAUGAGAACAGAGCUUUCUUGGUAAAGUUCUGGAAGUUUUUCUUGACUAAGUUGAUCGGUAAAGAAGAAAAUGAAGCCAACUCUGCCUUCAAGGGAAUGACUAUUAAACAAAUAGUUUACGAGUCAGACUCUGAAUCUGAAUCUGGUGAGACUACUGAAUCUCAAAAUGUUGUCCCAGUGCUGAAAAUUAAGUUGGUAUUACUUUGGGAAUUUGGCAAAGUAGCCGAAUUCAAGGAUGCUGUAACUACUACAAGUAAAUUGAUUUUACCUUCUAAGAUUGUUUCAUCUAAUGAAAACAUUGUGCCGCAAGUAGUCGAUUAU